UCUCUCUCUCUCUCUCUCUCUCUCUCUCUCUCUCAGUUUGAGGUUAAUCAGACAUUAUGUCAGGAUGGGAGGCUGAUGAUGAUGAUGAUGAUGAUGGCUUUCUGGGUUUCUCCGUGAGCUUCGGGCCGAGAGGUGAAGUGAUGAUCGCCUGAAGACUGAAGUGAAGAAGAGCUCGAGAUGAUGAAGAAUGACUGAAUGAGCCAAGCGUCUGGCGCAGAAACUUCCAGAAAUCCAGAUGGAGCAGGAUGUCGAGAGCAUCACGGCCCGACAGCCCAAGUUGCCCAAGCAGGCGCGAGAAGAUAUCCCCAAACCGCUGCAAGAGCGAGAGCGUGUCAAGCAGAAGGUCCAGCGCUACGUCCGCAAAGACGGCAAGUGCAACGUCCACCACGGAAACGUGCGCGAGACCUACCGCUACCUGACGGACAUCUUCACCACGCUGGUGGACCUCAAGUGGAGGUUCAACCUCUUCAUCUUCGUGCUGGUUUACACAGUGACGUGGCUGUUUUUUGGCUUCAUGUGGUGGCUGAUCGCGUAUAUACGAGGAGAUCUGGACCACAUCGGAGACAACCAGUGGACUCCAUGCGUCAACAACCUCAACGGCUUUGUGUCGGCGUUCUUGUUCUCUAUUGAAACAGAGACGACCAUCGGGUAUGGCCACAGGGUGAUCACUGACAAGUGUCCAGAGGGCAUCAUCCUUCUGCUGGUGCAGUCUGUGCUGGGCUCCAUCGUCAACGCCUUCAUGGUGGGCUGCAUGUUCGUGAAGAUCUCGCAGCCCAAGAAGCGCGCAGAGACUCUGGUGUUCUCCACCAACGCUGUCAUCUCCAUGCGCGACGGGCGACUUUGUCUGAUGUUUCGUGUCGGGGACCUGCGGAACUCGCACAUCGUGGAGGCGUCGAUCAGAGCCAAACUGAUCAAGUCCAAACAGACGAAGGAGGGAGAGUUCAUUCCCCUCAAUCAAACGGACAUGAACGUGGGUUAUGACACCGGCGAUGACCGGCUCUUCCUGGUGUCUCCACUCAUCAUCUGCCAUGAGAUCAACCAGCACAGUCCGUUCUGGGAGAUCUCCAAACAACAUCUGGCCAAGGAGGAGCUGGAGAUCGUGGUCAUCCUGGAGGGCAUGGUAGAAGCCACAGGAAUGACAUGUCAAGCACGAAGCUCGUACGUGGCCAGCGAGAUCAAGUGGGGUUACCGCUUCACGCCCGUCCUGACUCUGGAAGACGGUUUUUACGAGGUCGACUACAACAGCUUCCACGAUAUCUACGAAACCAACACGCCGAGCUGCAGCGCACGAGAGCUGGCGGAAAUGACGGCGUGUUCUCGCCUGCCGCUCACAUGGUCGGUGGCGAGUAAACUGAGUCAACAGGGUUUGCUGAACUCGUGGGACAAACCGCCGGAGAAGAGCAGAGACACUGACGAGCUGAUGGAGAGAAACGGAGACAUCGCUAACAUAGAGAACGAAUCGAAAGUGUAGGACAGAACGAGAAUCUCUCGCCUCUCCUCUGCACCACUGAACGAUUAGCUGAGGUCAGAGGUCAGAGGUCAGCUCAGGAAAGCGCCCCAGAGUCGGGCCGAUGAUACGGAUUUCACAAACUCUCGGGUGACUGCAUGGUUUCUGAAACAAUUUUUUUCUUAAAGAUAAGAAAUGAUAUUUUCUGAUUUGUAAUUCAAAGAUUAAAACCUAUAUAUGAAUAUAAAUAUAUAUAUAUAUAGAUCUAUUCUAGGGCAUUUGUAUUUUUUGUAUAUAUAUUUCAAUAUUUCUUCAAUUGGAGAAGUGUGAAUAUUUGAGGUUGUUUGAUACGAUUCGUCUGUAUAUUCUGCCUUUUGGAAUUGUUUGGGUUUGCACAUAUAUGUAUUCAAGCAUGUACAAAAAAACCCAGUAGAUGAUUGACUCUGAUGUAUAUAAUUGAAAGUACAUUAGACCAUAUUACAGGACGCACAGAAGAUCUUUAUACUGGAUGCAAACAUGGACAAUAUGAUCUGCCCGCCAAGGAGAAUGAGGAUCAGCUGGGCGGCGGAUGUUUUGCAUGGGUAUGUGGGAAUAUGUCAGUCUGAAGAGGGUGUGUGUGUGUGUGUGUGUGUUUGUGUGUGUGUGAUCAAAUAACCUUCCAUACUGUCCUUUACAUUUAUUUCACCCAUCACUUUGAACUUAAUUUAAUUCAUAAUUAUAACUUGAUUCUUCACAGUUGUAUUACUCUUUAAAAUAAAGGGGAUAGUUCACCCAAAAAUGAUAAUUCUGUAAUCAUUUACUCAACCUCAUGUUGUUCCAAACCUGUAUGACUUUCUUCAGUGUACAUUUUUAAGAAUCUCUUUUCCAUACAGCGAUGCACUCGAGAAGCAUUUGGCAUCAUUUUUAAUCUGAAUUUAAACAGAGAUUUCAGAGCUUUGUUGGUGGGGAAGAUUUUCAGUGAACAACAACUUAAAUUGUGCGUGUUCAUCACACAAAGCUAGCACAUGACUUCAGAAGACUUGGAAUAUAGUACACAAGUUAUACAAACUACUUUUAUGAUCCUUUUAUGGUGCAUUUUUGUCCUAUUUGGAGCUUGACAGUUGUAUGGAAAAAAGCUGGGUUUGGAACAACAUUAGGGUGAGUAAAUGAUGACAGAAUUUUCAUUUCUGGUUGGACUGCUCCUUUAAGAUAGACGUCCUUCUGCAUAAGUGUGUGACUCCCAGAAGACGGAUGCAAGUUGUUUGCACAUGUUUCUCCCCACAGACUCUCACUCCUUCUCUUUUCCAUUCUGUUUUUGUUCAUUUUGUCAGACAGCAACAGCAGACACAAGUCUGAUCAUGUGACACAUCAGCGUCACUCACACUCAAGACCAAAGAGACGAACUCACGACAUCAUCUAAAGCAAUCCCACAUACAGACACCUCAGUGUUUACAUGAUGUGAGAAUGGACGUCAGGUUAUAUUUCAUUUGGUGUGAAAGCAAGACUGUGAGGGAUAGAUGUACUGACUGUUCAGUGGGUCGUACUGUUGGGUUUGAUCGUGCUGUCGACAAAACAUUGAAAAGAUGUCUUUACGAAAGACUAUAAACUGUUACAAUUACAUUUAAACUAGAAUCUUAAAGCUGAAGUCAUUUCUGCGACACUAGCGCCACCGAACAGAACCGCAAAAAUAAACACUGUUUUCAAAACAGCUUCCUGAAUACGCCCCCUUCUGCAGAACAGAUAGUCCCGCCCCCAUCUCACGCCAUUGGUUGAGUAAUAUUAUUAGGGCGGGUCUAAACAGAUCACUCGUGAAACAAACAGAAGAAUUUGUAUAGCUCCACAGAGACACAGUGUUUACAGUUUUCAGGAAAAUGA